CUCCGAGAAGCCCAGCGCUCUCCCCGAAGGUGUGCGGAGCGCGUGCCAUGAGGACCCUGUGGAUGGCGCUGUGCGCGCUGGCGCGGCUGUGGCCCAACGCCCUGGCAGGUUGCUCCGACGCGGGGCGCUGCUGCCCCGGCCGGGACCUCGCCUGCUUCUCCCACGGCUGGAGGCAGGACCGGGUCUACGGGACGUGCUUCUGCGACCAAGCCUGCCGCCUCACCGGGGACUGCUGCUUCGACUACGCCAGGGCGUGCCCAGCUCGCCCGUGCAUCGUGGGGGAGUGGAGCCCCUGGAGCGGCUGUGCGGACCAGUGCAGGCCCACGGCCCGCGUGCGGAGGCGCGCGGUACGGCAGGAGCCCCGGAAUGGCGGCGAGCCCUGCCCGGCCCUGGAGGAGAGAGCCGGCUGCUUGGAGUACGCGACGCACCAGGGCCAGGACUGCGGGCACGCCUUCGUCCCUGCCUUUAUAACUACCUCUGCGUUCAACAAGCAGCGAACAAGACAAGCGGCCUCCCCACAGUGGUCCACAGACACAGAGGAUGCUGGAUACUGUAUGGAGUUCAAGACAGAGUCAUUGACUCACCACUGCGCCAUGGAAAACCGGCCCCUGACCCGAUGGAUGCAGUAUCUCCGAGAGGGCUACACGGUGUGUGUGGAUUGUCAGCCUCCAGCUAUGAACUCUGCGAGCCUUCGAUGUUCUGGAGACGGCCUGGACUCUGACGGAAAUCAGACCCUCCACUGGCAAGCAAUUGGCAAUCCUCGAUGUCAAGGAACUUGGAAAAAAGUUCGGCGAGUAGAACAAUGUUCCUGUCCAGCUGUUCACAGUUUUAUUUUUAUAUAGAUCAUGAUAUAAGUAUUUCAAAAUGUGUUUGUAAACAUGCUAAAUACUAGCAAGCCAUGUUCAGCGCUUCAUAAUUCUUUAAAAACCCUUUGGCCAAAAUUCCUGAAUAUAUGUCAUUGCCACACUCUGAAGUAGAGAAGGGACAUUUGGGGCCCAGUUCUCAAGAAACACAGUGCCUUUAUUUUCAUUUUUACUAAGUUGAGGACCCACCCUAAAGUCUCCUGUGGUUUUCUGUCCUCGAUCUGUCACCUGGAGUCUCCUCAUUCAAUAGGUGGCCCAUUGGACACAGUGUUCAUCUGUUUGCACUAAACUUACUACAUUUUAAUGGUCCA